CUACGAUCGCGAUGGUCCCAUGAGCUGGUCGGAUGAGGGCAAGCGGGCCGAGAUGUCCAGCAAGUCGUCCCGGUACCUCUUUGCCCUCGAUCGCACCUCCCAGACCCCGCUCGGAUUUGUCCACUUCCAAUUCGUGAUGGAGGACUGCACCGAUGGCGGUCCGUAUCUGCCUCAGCAGGCGGCCAUCUACUGCUACGAAUUGCAGAUCGCAGAGUCCCAGCAGGGCAAGGGCAUCGGCCGCCAGCUACUGGACGCCAUGGAGCACAUCGGACGGGACACCGGAAUGCGCAAGGCCAUGCUGACGACGUUCAAGAGCAACGACCGGGCAACUCGGUUCUAUGCUCAUCUGGGGUAGGCCGAUCAUCGUAUCCGGCGUGGAGCGCCUCCAUCAGCAGCGAGAAUGAGCCCGCCUCGGCAUGAACGCAGUCGGGUCCACAUCGAUCCACUCUCUCACUUGCCCGUUCGUUUCGCCUCGGUUCAGAUACGAAAGGGACGGCAUCAGCCCCGACGAUGCUUCCUAUGAGAUCAUGUGCAAGCGUCUCUGUUCUUCUUCUGCAUCUGAACAAUGAACAACCCCUGCUUUGCA